AAGUCAAUUGAAUAGCUUGACGAAACGGGUUUGUUACACUACUUUAUCUAUUAUUUUAGCUUUAUAAAUUAACAGUAUUUAAAAUAUCCGUAUCAGAAGCAUUUGUUGGUCAGCGGAAUGAAGAUAAUAGCACUCUUAGUAUUGGCAAAGCUGGGCUUUGCCCUCAGUGAAUCCUUAGCAGAAAUGGACAGGCUGGCGACGUGGAGGCUUCGAAAUAUUUCAAACAAGUACAAAUUCCUGUCCACCGGAAACCCCGAGUUCUACCAGUGGAUAGAAAGGGUAAACACUGUGGCCGAUGAAUUCAAUCACUACAACAAGCAUCGCCAAAGACUUGAGGAUGAGAUUACUGAGCGCUUGAUAACGAUCAGAUCCAUAAUUGCCAUUAGGAACGCAAGCAAGAGAUGUCUGCGAUUCUACCUGCAUCAGGAAGCUGAACUUGAAAGUGCCUACAAGUCCUCCAACGAAAGAAAACGGCAGGUCCUCUACCAAAAUAGUGUAGCAUGCACUCAUGGAGUGGAUGACGGCAGGCUGGGUGACCCUUACUUUGUAGACUAUUUAUGAUAAACAUUUUCAAAGAAAUCAAAUAAAAUCUCGCUUUUGCUUGACAUACUUUGAA